AUGCAUAUGCCUCAUCAAGAACCUCUGAUGUCGGAGUGGGCGAAAGCGUGUCAAGCACCAAGACCUCCCAGAAUAGAGGCGGCUGGUGGGAGACACGUUGAGGACACGCGCCGCGCUCGUGCUCGAUAUUAUACAACCCAAGGGAUUGGUCGUGUCUUCUCACCGGCGGGUCACGGCGGUCGUAUCAGCUGUGGCCUUCCACGUCAUGUCUGGGGGGUGUGA